AUGCCGUUUUGGAGAAAAAGUGGACAGAAUGACGAGAGCAACAGCUCUCAGGAGCCUGAUGUUGUCUCGAUCUCCUCGAAGGCUACCUCUGGCCUUAUCAAGCGCCACGUUCCUUUCGAAGCGCCCGUCAACCCCAUCAAACCACCUGUCUUUGAACUCACAAAAGAACAAGAAACCAAAUAUAAUGAUGUGUUGAAAUAUUUCCAGGAGUACAUCAAGAAUGAAAUCCCUGUGUCUGAUUCAGCAAACGCUGCAACACACCCUAUACUUGCGGAAGAGAAGGCCUGGCUUACGAAAGAAUGUUUCUUGCGUUACUUGAGGGCAACUAAAUGGAAAGUUGAGCCUACCAUUAAAAGAAUCAAAGAGUCCAUGGUGUGGAGAAGAACGUUUGGUGUUGUGGUUGUACCUGGCCAUAGCGACCCUAGAAAGAUCAUAACGCCAGAGCUCGUGGAGGCAGAGAAUGUCACCGGCAAGAACCUUAUUGUUGGUUAUGAUAACGAUAAUCGACCAUGCUUGUAUCUUAGAAACGGAUACCAGAACACGUCUGCAUCUUUGAGACAAGUGCAGCAUUUGGUGUUCAUGUUAGAAAGAGUUAUACAGUUUAUGCCUCCGGGCCAGGAUGGCCUUGCUUUAUUGAUUGACUUCAAGGCUGCUCCAGAGCACCUCAACCUUUCCUCCAAAUUUCCUUCCCUCAGCAUCUCCAAGCAAGUUUUACACAUUUUACAAAACCACUAUCCCGAAAGAUUGGGACGUGGUCUUUUCACCAAUAUCCCAUGGAUUGGCUACACCUUCUUUAAACUAGUCGGUCCGUUCAUCGAUCCAUACACCCGUCUGAAGACGAUCUAUGACCAGCCGUUUGAGAAUUUUGUGCCCAAGGAGCAACUUGACAAAGAGUUCAAUGGAAUACUCGACUUCGAAUAUAUUCACGAUGUUUACUGGAAGGAAAUGAACCGCAUGGGAGAUGAGAAACAUGAACGCUACAUGGCCAACUUUAAGAGGCUAGGAGAAGAGAUUGGCUUGAGUGAGUAUGACUUGAGACGGCAACACGAAGAGGCCGCAUAG